UCUUAUAUAAUUUUCUCUCCAAUAAUUCGAAAAUAACCAAUAUUUUACAAAUGUCAUGUAUGUUUCAUACAACAAUUUAAAUACACAUAAUAUUUCUAUAUACACAUUAGUAAAAAUCAACAAUAGUCUAUAGGUUUGAUAAUAAUGACAUUAUUUUCGUUAAAUUUUAUUUAUAAAUAUUUCUCUAAUAAAAGCACCUAAAAUUUUAAAUUUUAUAUAAGCAGUAAAAUUAUUUUCAGAUAAUUAUUUAAUACUGUUAACAGUAUUGACCCCAUACAGCUCCUACUCCUAGUCUAAAGCUGACUAUCUAAACUAUGGUUAAAAUAUUUAACCAAACCAUAGUUAAGUAUUUCAGUUAUAUAAAGCCUUUGCCGGUGAAACAGCAAACAAUAGAAUCCAGAGAGAGACGACGACGGAUGUUACUUCUUGCCGGAAAAUCAGGAAAGAAGAUGAUCGGAGAAACUCGCGAGCCUUACCCGACGGUGCAGAUUCCUACAUGGCCGGUUUCAGAUGACUUCACAACGGCGGAAUUUUUUUCUCCGGCGAUUAACAGUCCAGAUUGCAGCAUGCUUGAAGCUUUAACGGCGUUACAUCGUUAUCUUCCGGAACCAUUCGGACCGGACUCUCCAGUCGAUGCUCACUCCUGUGACCAUUUCCGCAUGUACGAUUUCAAAGUCUUGAGGUGUUCUCGUGGCCGGAGCCAUGACUGGACGGAGUGUCCGUACGCUCAUCCCGGAGAGAAGGCUCGCCGGAGAGAUCCGAUGAAGCACAAUUACUCCGGGACGGCUUGUCCGGAGUUCCGCAAAGGCGGUUGCAAGAAAGGAGACUCUUGCGAGUUUGCUCACGGAGUUUUCGAGUGUUGGCUUCAUCCUUCUCGUUACAGGACUCAGCCGUGUAAAGACGGCGGUGGAUGUCGCCGGAGAGUUUGUUUCUUUGCUCACUCGCCGGAUCAGCUUAGGUAUGUCCAGACACGAAGCCCUGAUCGGGUCGAUUCCUACGUUAGAGCGUUUCAGCUCUCGAUAUCGCCUGUUUCCAGUUCGCCGCCGGUGAGUCCGAGAGCUGACUCGGAGUCUUCUCAGUCACUGAGUCGCUCGCUCGGGUCUAGUUAUAUAAACGACGUGACGACGUCAUUUCAGAACUUACGGUUUGAGAAGUUGAAAUCAUUUCCUUCGUCUUAUAAAAAUCCGUUUCGAUGCUACCAAUCCAGAUUCGGGUCGCCCCGAGGAUCCAUGUUGGGUCCUGGGUUUCAGAGUCUGCCUACAACUCCGGCCCGACCCGAGAAUCUGGAUAUUUGGGAGAAUGGUUUAGAGGAAGAGCCUGCAAUGGAUCGGGUCGCGGAGUCGGGUCGUGAGCUAGGAGCGAAGAUGUUUGAGAAACUGAGCAAGGAGAAUUGCAUGGAUCGGGUUGAACCGGAUCAAAAUUCGGGUGAUGCUCCGAUGUCAAGUGGGUAUCUGAACAUGUGAUGUAAACUCGACGCGUAACCGAAUCUCAAGAUCUCAUCUUCUCUAUUAAAAGAGAAGUACCAUUUUUAUCUACUAUUUAGAAGUCUACUAGGACCAUUUCAUUAAUCACAUAAUAUGAUAUAAUAAUUAAUAGGAAUAUUAAUAAUAAAUUAAUUUUAACUAUAGAUUUGAAUUUUAUUUUCAGUUAUAACAAAAUCUGUUGAGAAAAAUCUAACAAAAUCCUACUAAAUUUUUAAAUAAUUUUUAUUUAAUAUUUGUUUAAUUAAUUUCGUAUUUAAAUAAUAGAAUGCUUUCAUUUAAAUAAAUUAUCAUCUACCACUAAAACGGGUUCAAAUUUGUUAAUCAUGUCAGAUUUGUUUUAUGCAAAUGAAGUUAUUAACAUAUGUUAAAAAUUUAUUUCUACAGCUAUAUAUUUUCAAAAAUCAUAUGUUGAAGAAUAUUUUUUAUUUGAUGAUUUCAAAUUAUGAAAACUCGAAAACGUAAUAAAAAGGGUAAAAUGUAUAAAACAAACCCCUAUAUUAAUAAAAUAAUAAGAAACUUAAACAAUAAAAUUAAAAAGUUAUAAAAUACUAAACACUAAAAUAUAAAUUGUAUAUUUAAAUUUAUAUAAUAAUAUUAAAAUUAAAUAUUUAUAAAAUGAAAAUAUACCCGCACUAUGUGCGGGAUAAACUCUAGUUGAUAAUAAAGUUAGUCAUCUUUUUUUUCGUGAUCUCUUCCAAGGAAAAGAGGGGGAGAUCUAGAAUUGUGUUCAUAUUAUUAUUACCUAAUUUCGUAUUAUUCGAAAAUAAUAAUAUAUAGUGAACAAUACUUGUGUUUACCCGUACGCUGAAUAGUUAAAUUCACCUCACCUUUUAUAACCAAUCAAAUUGUCAUCUUGGAUUAGUUAAAAAGACAAUAAAAUUUUAAAAAGAUAGCUGAAAAAAAAUACCGACGUUAACGCCGUCUACAAAACACGAAAUUCUAAAAAUCUAAAAUCUAAACCCUAAACUUCAAAUCCUAAACUAAAUCUUAAAUUCUAAACCCUAAUUUCUAAACCUAAAACCCAAAACCAUAAACCAUAAACCCUAAA